AUGGUCGUGAGUUUGGCUACUUUGAGAGUAUCUGAUAAUAUAGCAGUGCAACUACGGAUAUUUGUUAACAGAAAGCAAAUACUUCAAAAUAAUGAUAAGGCCACAACGCUGUUCGAAGCGCCAUUGCUUUCUAACAACUCUAUUGUUUCAUUGAAGUCACCUAACACAGGAAUAUACCUGUCGAAUACGGAUAUGUCUAGCCUGUGUGAUGAACUUAAAGAGGAAAUUCGCCUUAUUCUCUAUGACUUGACAUCACCUAACAUAUCAAAAACAAUAUUACAAAAAAUAAGGAUAGGACAAAAAGUGGAUUUCCAGGAAAAAAUAUUAAAACCAAUAAAGGAUAAUUUAGACUCAGAUUCAAAUAAUUUUAUAAAAUCCAGUAUACUUACAAUUAGUCGAGUUUCCAGAUUUAAGUAUUUGCUACAUUAUGAGUCUAAAUGGAAGCUAGAUAUAUUUAUUGAAAAUAUAGCAAAACUAGCAAGUAUACGGCAAUUAUUAAUCUUUAAAUACUCCUUCACUAUGAAUGUCCCUCAUAAGAGGCGUAUGUUGAUAAUGGAAAGGUUUAGUUCUCAGACAAAAAGGACAAUUGUCGAUGACAGUGAUAAUGAGAAUGAUAUUGAUAUGGAGGAAACCAUCGAAGAUGUUAAACCUGAAAUCAAAUUUAAGUAUAGACCAAUCAGAAAUUUAGGGCCUAUUUUAGAUAUACAUGUGUUAGAACGACCAAGACGUCACAAUUGA